AUGUUUUCAUCUAGGCUCAUCCGAUUCUCUUCUCGUAUUAUUGGAAUUCGUAGGAUUCAGACCUCACAAUCAAGCUACCAAUCAAAUUAUAAGUGGAUUCCUAGCGCAGCUUUAAUUGCAGGUGUAGGGCUAGCAACUUUAAGUCCAAUGUGGUGCGAAGAUAAUCAUCAAGAUAUCAUUGCUUGCAGAGAAGAUGAACUAAUUGAAGGAGUCUUGAAAAAGGUUCAAGUUGGAAAUAACCCAGAAAAUUUUAUAGUCGUAGCGAAAGUCAAUGGAGCUGUUUACGCAGUCAGUGGAAAAUGCCCUCACUACUUUCUACCUCUAAAUCCAGGCUACUUAGAUGGAUAUACUUUAAUUUGUCCAUUCCAUGGGGCACAAUUUGAUAUUCGCACUGGAGAAUUAAUCGGAGCCCCAGGCCAAAGGUCUCUUCAAUCAUUUGAGGCAAGAAUUUCUAAUGGGAACGUUGUCGUAAAAAUUCCUGACUCAAAAGUCGAUCAAGUCUCAGGAGCCACUGAUAGCAGAAGAUUAGUAAAAAGAGACCCAGCAAAUAACACUUCAUUCGUCAUUAUUGGAGGAGGUGCAGCAGGCCAAGCAGCAGCAGAAACACUUAGAAAAGAAGGUUUUACAGGAAAAAUCACAAUUUUAACCAAAGAGACAAUUCUUCCAUAUGAUAGAGUUCCUUUAUCAAAAGCUUUCAAAAGUGAUGCAUCUUUAUUGAGAGAUCAAAGCUUUUAUGAUGAAUAUGGAAUUGAAGUCAAAACUGGAGCCGCUGUACAACAAAUUGAUAAUAAAACCAAGAAAAUUAAACUAGAGAGCAAGGAGGAGGUUCCUUAUGAUAAAGUUUUAGUUGCUACUGGAGCAGCUGCAAGAGUUCCUGGACCUUUGAGAAGACUAGCUGCCAAUGUUGAAGGCAUUUACACUAUUAGAUCUGCUGCAGACCACCACAAAUUCAGAACUCAAGUAUCAAAUGCUAAAGAUGUCGUCAUUUUUGGAUCUUCAUUCUUAGGGCUAGAAGCAGCCGCCUCAAUUAAGAGAUCGAAUCCUGAAGUUAACGUGACUGUCAUUGAUCCUGAUGAUGCUCCAUUAGAAAGAGUUUUCGGCAGAGAAAUCGCCCAACAAAUUUUGCAGUCCCAUGCUUUGAAUGGAAUCAAAUUCGUUUUGGGACAGUCAGCAAAAGAAGUUAAAACAGCUGAAGGAAGAGUUUCAGGUGUGGUCUACAUGCAUACAGAAAUGAUUGAAACCAAGCCUAGAGAAAAAGAAAUCAAAGCAGACUUAGUGCUUAUAGCUACAGGAGCAGAAAUUCAGACCAACUUAGUCCCUCCUUCCUUGCUUAAUGCAGAUGGGAGCGUAAAAGUUAACGCUCACUUGCAGACUGUUGAUCCAUAUAUUUUUGCUGCUGGAGAUAUUGCAAGCUUUUAUAGUUGGCUUUCAGAAAAACAAGAAAGAGUUGAGCAUUGGCAAGUAGCCCAAGACCAAGGCAAAAUUGCAGCUAGCAAUAUGUUAGGAAAAGGUCCAAUUUAUGCCUCAGUUCCAUUUUUCUGGACAAAUCAGUUCUUAAAUGUCCAAUUCGCUGGCUUCAGCAGCGGGCAUGAUUUCACCUAUACAGAGACAAGAGAAGAAGGCAGCCCAUUAAAGACAGGAAGAAUUACUUAUUUCUAUAAAAACGGAAGAUGCACUGGAGUUGCUGCAGUCAAUUGGCCAGGAGCAAUUAUUAGACUUAGACUUGCCUUAGACAGAGGAUUAAUGCCAGCCAAAGAAGAGCUUACAGCAAAGACAGCUAGUUAUGAAACCAUAGCUCAAAAAGUCAAACAAUCCAGCCCUUGUGCAUGCACCCAAAAGAAAGGUUGCUGUGGAGGACGUAAGUAA